AUGGCCACCCUGGCAUCUCGGUCGUCUUCCCCCGUGCCUCCCUUGAGUCGCAGACGGAAAGCUUGGGCCAGAAAAUGUGAGCGUUACUGCUGUCUAACCCUCACAUACUUUCCGCUCGCUUUUGUCUAUGGCUUGACGACAUGGGCGGUCUGGGUGGUGACGAUCAUUGGACAAAACUCCAGUACCUCCGACUGGACUGGCUUCACGAGUUCGACUGUCGGAGUUGCCUUUUACGUCCUUUUAAACUGGUCCUAUACGACUGCCGUCUUCACUGAUCCUGGAUCUCCUCUCUCCCGCAAAUCCGGUUACAGUCACCUGCCAAUGCAAGAACCACGAAGUCCAACGUCUUUCACCGUCAAGUCCACUGGCGAGCUGCGAUUCUGCAAGAAAUGUCAGUCGCGAAAACCUGACCGAUCCCACCACUGCUCUACGUGCCGACGAUGCGUCCUCAAAAUGGACCACCAUUGUCCCUGGCUAGCGACGUGCGUUGGACUACGCAACUACAAGGCUUUUCUCUUGUUCCUCAUCUACACGAGUCUUUACUGCUGGAUCUGUUUCGCUGUAUCAAUGACCCAGGUCCUGCGCGAACUUGCCAGCGACGCUGGCGAAAUGGUAGAAGGUUUCAUGACAAUCAACUACGUCCUAUUGGCGGUGAUUGCAGGCAUUAUCGGGCUUGUCCUGAGCGGCUUUACAGCAUGGCAUAUUAGCCUGGCUUUCCGUGGACAAACGACGAUUGAAUGUCUCGAGAAAACUCGAUACCUCUCACCGUUGCGCAAGUCUCUUCAAACCGCUUCCUACCAGCAACACUUCGUCGACUCCAGCGGCGCCAACACACCCAGUUACUCGCAACAAUUCAUGGAGAUCCAUGCCAAUGCGGUACCAGGUGUGACGCGACCCGAAGAAGGCGAAGAGGACCGAAGCGAAGCUGCAUCACCACUAAUCAACAGCCCAGCACAAAUAUCGCUACAGCGCACUUACUACGACUCUGAACGGUGGCGCGAGCGCCAGCGCUACGAGGACUACAUGGAUGAAAAAGACUCUGAAAAAUUACCCAACGCCUUUGACCUUGGCUGGCGACGCAACUUGCUACAUCUUUUCGGCGAGAGGCCCUUAUUAUGGUGGAUUCCCAUUUGCAACACCACUGGCGAUGGAUGGAGCUGGGAGCCGAGCCCGAAGUGGCUCGACGCGCGAGAUCGCAUCCGCCGGGAUCGCGAGGAGCGAUGGCGAGCCGAGCAAGAGCGCGAGCGCGCGGCAGGAUGGGGCGCAGAGGACGUUACUGGAAGAAGCUAUACUGAUUCCUUCUCUUCCACCCCUUCGACGAGCCAGCGCCGUCUUCCUCCGCGAUGGCAACCCACGCCCAAUGGUGAAGACAGCCAUUACCUUACUACCUCGACCGGUGGCGUCUGGGUGCCUACUUCGGGCCAAAGAUCUCCUGGAAAAGCAGAGCAACUUCUCGGUCGGCCAUUGAGUCCUGGCGAUGCAAGCGGCGGCGGACGUCCAAACAGCGGUGUCUCGAUGCACACUUUACGUCCCUUUGGCCGGCAAGACAAUGGCGACGAUGGAUCCGAGGAGCCCGAGUUUGAUCACUACGAAGUCAGCAGCGACGAGGACGUCGCGAAAUAG